CUGCUGUGAAGCCAUACGGCCAUAUAGAAUUCCAGAGGAUUAUAUAUCAGGCGACAGUUGACGCGGUAGGUCUUGCAAACUACCUUCUCGCUCCUCAAGAACCUUCAUCUUCAUACUAUUCAUACACCUGAAUUUGCUUUCGAGACUUUCAAUCCUGUACGAGCACAUCGUACUUUGGGAGAUAGCCGACAACUAGACUCAACGCAAACAGCAUGAAGCUCGCCGCUGCUGGGGCCCUUAUGCUCUUUGCUCGCUCAGUCAUGGGCAAAGGCUGUCCCGAUGGCCAGAUUGGUGUUGGCACCGUACAGACCUGUUUGAUCGUCAACAACAUGCAGACUCAGUGCUCCGCAACGCAGGGUGUCGUCUUUGGAGAAGGCAACUGCGACCAAGCCGAUAUCGAGAACAUGUUCCAGAAGGACGGAUAUUGUCAGCCUAGAACUUUCCUUCAUGGUGCCAAGGUUUUCUGCGAAGACGAUGAUAUGACCGUCACGUCUGUUGCGUACAAUCUAGCAACUUGGGGGAAUUGCAAAAAGCAAAAUAUUGAUUGUUCCGCUGGAGCACUUCAGUACUUGUAUAUUAGUUACUGUUGCGAGAAGAUGUAGGGCUGAAUACGUCACUCAAGUGUUGCCGCGGCCAAGGUACGGAAAUUAUGUAUGCUAGCAAAGAAGUAUCUGCCUGCACAAGAAAUUUAUACGAAGCUGAU